ACUACUCAUUGCAAAUUGUAUAGUCAAAGUAAAACCAAAUAGACGAAUCAAUAUCACAGUUGUUAAUACAUCCGAAGAAACAGUUGUACUCCAUCCCAAUCUAAAUAUUACCUUGCAAGCUCUAGACGAACAAUCUAUACCAGUUCUCACAUCAGCAAUUCCCUCUAACACUUAUACUAGAACUAAAGAAGUCCUAAAUCAAUUAAGGACCUCCCAUCUUAAUGACGAAGAAAGGGAUGCUCUACUACAAGUAUGCUCACAAUACUCUGACAUUUUCCAUCUCCCAAACGAACAAUUAACAUAUACUACAUCCACUGAACAUAAAAUUAGAACAAACUCCGAUAUACCUAUCCAAACUAAAUCAUAUCGUUUUCCCGAAUGUCAUAAAAAGGAAGUAGAAAACCAAAUAAAUAAAAUGCUAGAUCAAAAAAUAAUUAUACCGUCAAACUCACCCUGGUCUUCGCCUAUUUGGGUAGUCCCCAAAAAACUAGAUGCUUCGGGGCAACGCAAAUGGAGAGUCGUUAUCGAUUACAGAAAAUUAAAUGACAUAACAAUAGGGGAAACUUACCCCAUUCCACAAAUAACUGAAAUACUAGAUCAAUUAGGCAAGAGUCAGUACUUUACAACAUUAGACCUGGCUUCAGGAUUUCAUCAAAUUCCUAUUGCUGCUGAAGACGCACCCAAAACCGCAUUUUCCGUACCCCAAGGACAUUUUGAAUUUACGAGAAUGCCAUUUGGCCUUAAAAAUGCUCCUUCGACAUUCCAAAAACUUAUGAACACUUGCCUGUCUGGACUUCAAGGCUCUCGCUGCUUCGUGUAUCUCGACGAUAUUGUCGUUUAUUCCCCUGAUUUAGCUAGUCACAUUCAGAACUUAUCCGCUGUAUUCGAAAAACUUAGAACUUAUAAUCUUAAGCUUCAACCAGACAAAUGCGAAUUCUUAUGCAAGGAGGUUGCAUACCUAGGUCACUUAAUAAAUAACGAUGGAGUGCAACCGAACCCCGAAAAAAUAAAAGCUAUCACUGAAUUCCCAAUACCGAAGUCCCCCAAAGACAUAAAAUCAUUUCUGGGUCUUGUAUCUUAUUAUAGACGAUUUAUUCCAGAUUUUUCCAAACUCGCGAAACCCUUAACAUCCCUUCUAAAAAAGGACGCAUCUUUCAAAUGGCAUAACGAACAACAACUCGCUUUUGAAACAUUACAAAACAAAUUAACCACUUCACCGAUAUUAGCAUAUCCCGAUUUUUCACAGCCCUUUCUAUUAACAUGUGACGCCUCUAACUUCGCCAUAUCCGCAAUCCUUUCUCAGGGUCAGAUCGGUAAGGAUCGGCCUAUUGCUUUUGCUUCCCGCACUCUUAACAAAGCUGAAUGCAAUUAUAGCGUCACAGAAAAAGAAUGUCUCGCUAUUAUUUUCGGCACGAAAGCCUUUCGACCAUAUCUCUAUGGCCGUAAAUUCACUAUCGUAACAGACCACAAACCACUUCAAUGGCUUUUUAACUGUAAAGACCCGGGAUCUAGACUAGUUCGUUGGCGCCUAAAACUAGAGGAAUUCGAUUAUAAUAUAAUCCAUAAGAAAGGAAAAAUUAAUACCAAUGCUGACGCUCUGUCCCGAUUCCCAAUUAAUCCAAUAGAUGUACCAUCUCCCGACUCUUUACCUACAAGCCCUAAUGAUUUAAUCGAUAACCCUUUGGAAGACCCCCUCUUAGAUCUACCCUCUUAUAUACCGUUCACAUUCGAUGAUAAUGAAUUAUUAAACAACGACACUAAUCGUAAACAGGAUACUAUUCCCGAGUCUGAUACUGCUCAUGACGCUAUCCCUACUCAUACCGAAGACAGUUUACCAGAACUUAUAGACCUAGGACCACUUGACCUUAGCCCACAGAGUAUUGAUAUAAACCCCAAUUUUGAUAACAUCGAAAUACCUUCGCCAACAGAAUCUAACACUAAAUCAGAAGCAAACGACGAAGACUAUUCCAAAUUUUUGAAAUCAAUAUCGCGUAAAGAAUUUAAAACAAAUACCAUUAUAACUGAACAUAACGAAAACUUACUCAAAUGCCCUUAUAAAACUAUAUUAAUACCCACUUCAAUCGACUUAGACGAAUCAAACCCGUACAUCUCUGAAAUACUCUCUAGUGAUAAAGACAAAGACGAAAUUCUUAACGCUGAAAAAGAGCUCCAUUCCUUCCUGAAAAUAAACUUAGAAAAUAAAGAUAUUUACCUAAUUUUUACUAAAGUUCACCAUUUCGACGAAUCAUCUUAUCCUGAUAUAUACAACACCCUGAAACGAGCGAGAAAUGACAUCAUACUAGACUCAUCGAUCACAGAUAUAGCUACCUCUGACUUCAAAAACCCUUUCGACCGACAUUCCUACACUAAAAUCUACAAUAUUUUGACUUACCUGUUUCACGACACUCCAAUCCGCAUACACGUUUACGUAAAUAAAAUAAUUUAUCCUACAUUGAGUGAAAUACCCAAAAUACUAAGGGAAAACCACGAUAUUCCAAUCGCCGGGCACUUAGGCUCAUCACGAAUGUAUUCUAGGAUUAAAGAACAAUUUUAUUGGAAGGGAAUGAGAAGUGACAUAGAAAACUAUAUCAAGAAAUGCAAAUCCUGUCAAGAAAAUAAAGCCCUUAGGAAACUUAAUCGCGCCCCUAUGGAAAUAACCACUACUUCCACUGCACCAUUUCAAAGAAUAGCAUUAGACAUAGUAGGACCCCUACCUGAAUCUGGUACAGCAAAGCUGAAAUAUAUACUCACCAUACAGGAUGAUUUAUCAAAAUAUUCUGUCGCUUAUCCGCUACGCAGCACAACAGCUGAAGAAUCAGCUGAUUGUUUAAUCCAUUUCGUCUCUCUCUUCGGUAUUCCUAAAUCAAUACUUACCGAUCAAGGUACUAAUUUUACCUCUGACCUUUUUAAAACCACUUGCCAAUUCUUAAAGAUAAAACUACUCUGGGCAUCACCCUAUCAUCCACAAACGCAAGGAGCUCUCGAACGCAGCCACUCUACACUUAAAGAGUACUUAAAAUCAUUCAUUAAUAAUAAUCAAGACAAUUGGCCUACCUACGUAUAUACCGCUAUGCUUACCUACAAUACGACAAUUCAUUCCACCACGAAAUUUACACCUUACGAACUAGUCUUUGGCCAUAAACCAUUCAUUCCAAACUCGAUAUACGAAACCACACCUAAUACAACAUAUUCGGAUUACAUAAGAAUGUUACAACACAAAUUCAAAUUUACUAGAGAAAAGGCAGUAGAAAAUAUUCUAAAAUCUAAGGAACAUUCAAAAGCUUACUACGACAAUCACACUAAACCGCCGCCCAAUUACAAGGUUGGCGACCUAGUUUAUCUUAAGAAUCAUUUACGACUAAGGAAAGCCUUAUCUCCCAUUUGGAAAGGACCAUAU